UUGCUGCUGGUAUAUUUGGUGGAAAUACUGCCAAAAAAGGAUCGAAUUUGGGUGACAACAGUAAUUAGCUGGUCACCAAAUGUAAUCCUGUUUGCGAUUAUUGCAUACCACAGUAAGAACUGGCGGACAUUAGCAAUAGCAAGCAGUCUUCUGGCCCUCCCGGGUGUAUUUCUUUUCAUAAUUGCAUUCGAGUCACCACGUUGGCUAAUAGAGAAAGGUCACAUCGAUCGGGCGCAUGAUGUUCUAAGAAGGAUUGCAAAAUUUAAUGGACAGAGUGAUAUUACGAAUGAUAUGAUCGACGAGGUUAUCGACAUGGAAAAGCAAGUGCGAUUAGUUUUUUGCUGGAGUUCGAUUGCUGAAUUUUUCGACCAAGAACUUUCAAAAAUUUUACAGCGCUUUCAUUUUGUUGCUAAGAAGUAAUC